AAUUGUGCAAAAGCAUAAAAUAAGGAGGCGUCAUCUAGUCUCGAUCUGUUCAACGUUGAAACUUCAAAGUCGUCUCUCAUCUCCCCCUUCCUUCGAUUGGAACCCCACUCCCUUUCUCACUGCAAUUGUUCAAUUGGCCGUUUUGUCCAUUACUAUUUAGUAAUCGCUACCCAUAUAUUCCACACCCGCAUUGGACACUGCUUCCAAGAUUAUCCCGAUCUACCGUUAUUCUUCUUCUCUUCUUAGGGUUUUGAAUUUUGAUCCUCCGAUUUGAGCUGAGUUGAACAAGAAAGCAGAAGCAUUGGAAGAAUGGGUUCUCAACAGAAACUUGAGAAGAUGCAGCUCCGCCAGAAUUACCGCAAUUUCUGGCACACCGAUCUCAUGUCCACCAUUCAGGCCGAUGCCCCUUAUUGCUGCUUCGCUCUCUGGUGUGCUCCAUGCGUAUCAUAUCUGCUCCGCAAAAGAGCUCUUUACAAUGAUAUGUCAAGAUACACAUGUUGUGCUGGUUACAUGCCCUGCAGUGGUCGGUGUGGAGAAAGCCGAUGCCCUGAAUUCUGCCUUUGUACAGAGGUUUUCCUCUGCUUUGGCAACUCGGUGGCCUCUACUCGAUUUUUGUUGCAAGAUGAAUUUAAUAUUCAAACUACACAAUGUGAUAAUUGCAUUAUUGGCUUCAUGUUUUGCCUUCAGCAAAUUGCAUGCAUAUUUUCUAUUGUUGCCUUAAUCGUGGGAAGUGAUGAAAUUAAUGAGGCUUCUCAGUUGCUAUCUUGUUUAGCUGAAUAUGUGUACUGCACGGUGUGUGCUUGCAUGCAGACUCAACACAAGAUUGAAAUGGAUAAGCGCGAUGGCAAGUUUGGACCCCAACCCGCGAUGGCUGUUCCCCCGGCUCAGCAGAUGUCACGCAUUGAGCAGCAAGUCCCUCCUUCUGUUGGUUAUGCACCACAACAACCCUAUGGUUAUCCACAACCUGGCUACCCUGCAACAACCUAUCCUCCACCUCCACAAGCAUAUCCUCCUGCUCCACAAGCAUAUCCUCCUCCUGGUUAUCCUAGGUGAUACGCGUACACAGUUAUGGACAUUAUAUAGAAGCUACUGUUAUUAUUAUGUUGAUUCUACCCUACAAAUUUUUCAUUAAACUUCUGAUUUGAGACAAUGGUACUGUGAAUUUUCGAUAAUUUGGCGUCAUUUUUUUUA